CUGUUCUGCUCUGCUCUCUGAACGAGAAUCGAAGCCCGAUCGAUCCCUGUGAGAUGCCGCCGCAGGCGCAGGCGAAGUCGGUGCUGCCGGUGGUGCUGCUAGGCUGCGGCGGCGUCGGCCGCCACCUCCUCCGCCACAUCGUCUCCUGCCGCCCGCUCCACGCCAACCAGGGCGUCUCCAUCCGGGUGGUGGGCGUGUCCGACAGCUCCUCGCUGCUGCUCGCCGCAGACGACCUCCGCGCCGGCGCCGGCCUCGAUGACGCGCUGCUAGGCGACCUCUGCGCUGCCAAGUCUGCCGGCUCGCCCCUCUCCUCACUGCUCGCCCGCGGACAAUGUCAGCUGUUCAACAAGCCGGAGGCAAUGUCCAAAGUCAUCGAUGCUGCCACCAUGCUCGGAAGGACAACCGGCCUGGUGCUAGUUGAUUGUUCUGCAACUUAUGAUACCAUCGGUGUGCUGAAAGAUGCCGUGGAUCAGGGAUGUUGUGUUGUAUUGGCGAACAAGAAACCACUGACUUCGUCUUAUGAGGAUUUUCAAAAGUUGACAUCGAACUUCCGUCAGAUAAGAUUUGAAUCUACUGUUGGAGCAGGUUUGCCUGUAAUAGCUUCCGUAACCCGUAUUAUCGCAUCUGGAGAUCCAAUUUCUCGAAUCGUCGGCAGUCUCAGUGGUACACUAGGCUAUGUGAUGAGUGAGCUGGAAGAUGGAAAAAGAUUUAGUGAAGUUGUGAAAACUGCCAAGUCUCUUGGUUAUACAGAACCAGAUCCACGUGAUGAUCUCAGUGGGAUGGAUGUGGCUAGAAAGGCAUUGAUCCUAGCUAGGCUUCUCGGGCGACAGAUCAGCAUGGAGGAUAUCAAUGUUGAGAGUUUGUAUCCAAGUGAAUUAGGACCUGAGGUAAUAUCCACAAAUGACUUUCUUGAAAGUGGGUUGGCACAGCUUGAUGAGAGCAUUGAGGAAAGAGUCAAGGCAGCAUCUUUAAGAGGAAAUGUUCUUCGUUAUGUUGGUGUUAUUGAAAGCACAGGGUGCCAAGUGGGUCUUCAAGAGGUCCCAAAAGAUUCUGCACUGGGGAGAUUGAUGGGAAGUGACAAUGUGGUGGAGAUAUAUAGCAGAUGCUACGAGAACUCCCCGUUGGUGAUCCAGGGCGCAGGAGCAGGCAACGACACCACCGCCGCAGGAGUUCUCGCCGAUAUAGUCGACCUCCAGGAUCUUUUCCAGAAAAGGGUGUGAUUACUGUCUUGUUUAGCACCAAGGGGAGUUUGCUUGUUGCCUCGUACGAUUGUUGAUGACGAUGUGGAGUUAAUCCACCGAUCGGUUCAAGCCUAUGAGGCUGUAUGAAUGAAGGAACACUUGGGAAUUUGGAUAUGGUUUGGCUGCUGCAUUGCUUGUGCAAAUCUUGAGCAGCCAUGGGGA